CCCAAUUCUCUACCAAACAGCUCCCAGCUCUCACUAUGAAUUCUUUGGUGUUCCAGAGCCUCCAAUCAACUUCCCGCACCUCUAGCACACCACAUAUUAUUCCGAUGACUCAAACUUCUAGAAUGCGUUGCAUUACUCCUCUUGUGCACAUGAGUUAUUGCAAUGCAUCACCUCUGCGUCUACCUUCUCUGUGUAUGAGUUACGGAAGUCGAUCUUCUCCACAUCUUCUGUCCCUCAACUCGUCUAAUCAUAAUGAUCAAUGGGAAAACUGGAAACAGCAGAUUCUAGAAAUACUACUGGCCUGCAAGAAAGUCUAUGAUAUGGCUGCAAAUGUUGUUGAUAUCCGAACUACUUUAACAAAGCCUAUACCUCUUCCCUUGCUAGCAAAACCAGCUAUCAACAUGGAAAUGUACUGGUUUGAAUGGCUUAUCGAUCCAAAGAAGGUAGGUGUAGUGAACAAAGGCUUUUUUUUUGAAGUGGAUGAUGAAACACCUAAAGUUUGUGUGAUCCAAACUAGGUUUGGUUCUUGGUACAAGACCCGCACAGUGCACUUAAAUGCUGAGGGAAGGGGUGAAAAAUUCCUCCCAAAAUUGCCAGUUUUUGACCCUAUCAUCUAUACGCAAUGGUUGCAAGAAAAGAGUUUGGAAGUUGUGUCCAUUGGAUUAACAGGAGAUGAUGUUGUGACUAAGAUUACAUUUUCUAGAAAGAUAACCAUAUCAAACCCUUUCAUUGUAAAAUCAUUUGGUAUUUCACAGCCAACCAGCUUCCCUUAUACUUCUUUGAGGUUUCUUUCACUAGCCAACAUUGGUGAGUUGCUUGCUUCAGAGCUUGAUGCUGAAAAUUUGGCUAAUAGAAUUGAGCACCUGUUCAAUGCCACGAUGGUCAACAUUGGGACGAAAAUUUGUGAUUUGAAAGUGUCGAUCGAUGCAAUUCAUGGUUUAGGAACAGAAGUGAACUACACAGCCUUGGAUUCUACUAACUACGAAUGAGGUGCUGCAGAAUUAAGGCUACACAGCCCUGGAUUCUUACCAGUUUUACCAUCUGACUCUUUGUUAUUUAGAUUUGGUUUCUGUUAUUUUCUGUUAAGUGUUGGUUAACACAAGUAGUUCGUUAUCUUGCCAAAAGUAAAAUGUAAAAAUGAGGAGUUGCUCUCUUUGUUGAUGAGUGUUGCCACAAGUACUCUGUUGAGGAGAGUUGGUUAACUCAUUGUUAUUAUGUUUUUGAAAAUGAAAUAUGGGCUUUUCA